GAGAAGCUCGUGGGCUUUCAUACUAUUGGGUUGGGCCUUUACAGAACGAUAUCUCCUCCUAAGCCCGAAAGCCAAUCUGAGAUCUCCACCUUGUUCCUCUCGAGUCUCCACGACUCCAGCCGCAACCGCCGCCACCGCCGUGGCAGCAGCAGCGAGGAAGCUAUGAGUGCGGAUCCCGGAAAGAAGCCCGAGACUACCGGCGGCGGGGGCCCGCAGCUACCGCGGCCGGACUUCGUAAAGAGCUUCGACGCGCUGUGGUUCUGCUACUCACCGUUCCACCAGAUGCAGCACUACUACCGGUACGGGGAUUUCGACACCUGCUUCGGCAAGUGGGGCGAUCUCCUCGACUGCCUCAAUCUCAAGACAAAGAGUAAGGCGGAGGUGGAAGAGAUCCUCCUCGCGCGGGAGAAGGCCAAGCCGCACUUCUGGACCUUCCGAACCGUCGACGAGGCGUCGGAGAACUGGUGGAGGAUGUACAGGCACGUGGUGAUCACGGCGGCCCCGCGGAAGCCUGCGGGUUCUGCCGCGCCUCCUGUCAAUUCUGGUGGUAGUUCUUGAGGGCUGAAACUUACGGGACCCUGCACAGGCAGAAGCGUCGUUUGUGCUUUUGUUGCGAUGUGAUUGGAACACUGGUGUUUGAAUGUAGCUGACGGAGUAAUAAACUGGAACCAUUGAUGGAUCGAUAGUUAAAUCUUCUUGAUAAUUCAUGGCAACUUAACUGAAAAAGUCUGGUUUUGGUGUU